AUGACCGACGUUUCCCGUAUGGCACCAGAUAUUAGCAAGCAAGGCAUCAAACAUGAGGAGCUCAGGUCUCUAGCGAAAUCCAUCAGUCGCAAGACGCUGCAUAAUCCCAACAUGACUUUCAAGCAGUUUGAAGAAUUCCAGCGGUCUUUGUCUAGCACAACACUGCGCUUGAUUUUGCUUGCAACUCUCCUCUUACUGUGGGGAACAUCGCUUGCGAUAUACCGUCUUCUCUUGAGUCCGUUGUCCAGAUUUCCUGGGCCCAAGCUUGCCGCAGUCACUGGAUGGGUAGAAACAUACCACGAUGUCUUUCGGGGCGGUCAAUUGAUCUUCAAGCUCGGAGAAUGGCAUGAAAGAUAUGGUCCAAUCGUGCGCAUCAACCCUUGGGAGGUGCACAUCGCAGAUCCGGAUUUCGUGCAGGUUUUAUUCGCCAGUAACUCUCAAUUCGACAAGAAAAUCGAGUGGAAAUAUCGAACUGGUAUUCCCCAUUCAAGUUUCGACACUAUCGAGCAUCAACACCACCGAAUGCGCCGGUCGGCGGUGGCGCCAUUCUUCUCGAAGCAAAAGAUAUCGGGCAUCACUGACUUCAUCAGUCAAAAGGCGCAGCGACUGUGUGAUCGGCUGGAAACCGAGUUCGCGGGUUCGGGCAGACCAGCCAUUAUGAACAACUGUUUCGCAGCCAUGACAUUUGACGUCAUCACGCACUACGCCUUUGCGCGCUCGUUCGAGUACAUGGAAGAUCCGAACUUCGAAGCGCCCUUCACCAACGCGGCGAAGGAACUCGCAACGACGCUGCAUACCAUGGGCCACUUCCCAUGGCUCUUGUCUCUGCUGCAGGCGCUCCCCCAAAGGUGGUCGGUGGCGAUGAAUCCAGCCAUGGGCGCUAUCUUUGGAUUCCAUGGGGAAAUCGAAGACCAAAUCCGCGCCAUCAAGUCUGGAUCCAACGACGCACAUAAGGAUGUCGAACAUAAAACGGUGUUUAGCGAGCUUCUCGACUCUGAUCUGCCUACCGAAGAAAAGGCGGUUGAGAGACUCAAGCACGAAGGCGGGUCCAUCGUUGCAGGCGGCGUCGAAACAACAUCAACCGCAUUGUCCAAAGCGACCUUCUACAUACUCGAGAACCCGGCUAUUGCGGCAAGGCUGGGUACAGAACUAGGCACUGUGUUUCCAGACCCGCACGUGACCCCGUCUUUAGCCACUCUGGAAGCACUGCCGUACCUCAGCGCAAUCGUCAACGAGACCCUUCGCAUCACAAUUGGCAUCUCCUCACGCACAGCGCGCAGGUCUCGCAAAGAGCCUAUCACGUUCAAGGACAUCGUUAUCCCAGCCGGUACCGACUUUAGCAUGACGGCGUACUACACGCACACGGACCCGCGCAUUUGGGACAAGCCGCAUGAGUUUGUGCCCGAGCGCUGGCUUGAGAAGGCGUUGGCGAAGAAUGGCGAGCCACUAAGGGUGAGAGUGCUGGUAAAAUGA